GAGCCUAUGUCGCUCGUACACCCCAGGACCCAAGAGGGAACUUGGCAACGCAAUAUCAUUUCAUCGGGGCGGGUCCUAGAUAAAGAGAGAUGCUGGCCGCUUUUGUGUCGUGGACGAUUUUAUUCUAAUUUGUGUAGCUUUGCGAGGAAGCACGUAUUGCUAGUUUGUAUUUUGCAUCUACUGACGCUCUGGGUUCGAUUUAACACGUAUUUGUACGUUCCUCAUGCUUCAAGUCGCGGUGCUUUUACUUGCCCUUUUCGGAUGUUUCAUAACAAGAUGGACAAUCAGAACAUUUACCUAUUGGAAUGACAAAGGAGUUCCACAUUUGUCGUUCAUGGAAUAUAUGAGAACUGCGUACGAUAUCUUUACAAAGCCGCUCUAUGAAGUUGUACAGAGGAACUAUGAACGACAUGGACGCGUUUAUGGGACGUACCAGGGUUUUGUUCCGACCCUGGUGGUGGGAGAUCCGAACUUGCUUCGAGAUAUUUGCGUCAGAGAUUUCAAGUCGUUUGCGGACAGAUCGGAAGACAAAAUCACUGGAAAUGAUAUUUGGGACAGGAUGGUCCUAAACAGUACUGGAAACGAAUGGACUUCAUCGAGGUCGACAGUCACUCCUUCCUUCACGUCAUCCAAGCUUAAAGGGUUCGUCUCCAAAGUCCUGAAAGUAGCGGAAGGUGUGUGCAGCCGCCUGCUGGAAAAAGGAAGAGACGGUGGUGCCACCGAAAUUCAAGACACGUUCUCCGAGAGUGCCAUGGACGUCAUGACAUCUCUGGUAUUCAGCAUAGAUGUAAACACACAUGAUAACCCUAAUCAUCCAGUUGUAGAUUCCUGCAACGGUCUAUUUGGUGGACAGGGCGGAUGGAAGCUUGUGAUGCUAUUUGCAAUGCCCAAGGUACUGAAGAUUUUGAAAAGGAUUGUUGAAUUCCCCAGUAAAAAAAGUACAGAUUACAUGAUUCAGUUUACAAGGUUCUUAGUUGACCAACGCAUUGAAGAAAAAAAGAAGUUCGACGACGUGUUGCAAAUCCUGCUGGAAGCAACUUUAGAGGCGAAGGACAAAGAUAGUGUUGAAAUAACAGAUGCAGAGAUUGAUGAAAUAGCCUCUCAAUGUAUGUUGUGCAUUGUUGCUGGAACUGACGCUGUAAAGCACACACUGACCUGCGCCGUGUAUAACUUAGCCAUGCACCCGCAAUACCAGGAAAGAUUGAUACAAGAAGUGGACGACACCUUAAAAGAGACGGAUGUGACCUAUGAUGCACUCAAGGCAAUGCCUUUCCUUGAAGCAGUAAUCUACGAGACACUGCGAAUGUACACACCGGAUUCGUUUUUGACAAGAGUGUGCACAAAAGAAACGGUCGUUUCCGGGAUUCGGCUGAAGCCUGGAAUGGGCAUCGAAUUCCCUCUUCGCGGUGUGCAUUACGACUCCGAAUUUUUUCCUGACCCUUACCUGUUCAAUCCGGAACGGUUCUUACCUGAAAACAAGCCAAAUAUGAUCCCGUACACGUUCCUGGCCUUCGGAGAGGGUCCCCGCAAUUGUGUUGGAACCCGGAUGGCGACGGUGGUCAUCAAGGCUAUGUUGGCAACCAUAUAUCGAGUUAUGAAAUUCGAAAGAUGCAGCGAAACUCCGGAUCAAUUGAAGUUUGUACCAAGAAGUCUUCUGCUGGAAUUUCAAGAACCGAUAAAAGUGCAAAUAAUUCCGCGCUCUCCCAAGAAAGCUCAAAGAGCUGCUGCAAAUGACAAACCGCAAUGAGGUAACGACCAAAAUGCCUCUAACAUAAUCACGGCCCUUACUCGUCCUGGUCAAUGCAUUUACCUUGGGUUGGAUUUUGACUAUUCAACAUCCUUUUUAAGUUUAUUUCACAUUCACCGUGAGACAUAAGCAGACAGGGAUCCAAAGAGUGCUUCGAUGUUAUCUUCCAAAUAAACAUGAUUGAUUUCUAAGAAA